AUGGAAAUUGAGAAUGAACUGGAGUUGCUGCGUAGGCAGCGGGAACAAGGAAGAUCUGAACUUGUCACCACUUUGUGUGAAACGACGAAACGAAUAGAUGAUCUGAUUUGUCAUCUCCAUCAAAAGCAGCGCGUGCUAAGGAAGAACGAUCAACCACAAUCCUCUAUCACACACCCAUACUCAACGAAUGCUGUGCUUGACGCAUCCAGGACAGGCUCAAUGGGGUACAGUGUGAUUGGAGCAGAUGAUCAAGAGGAAAUCGAUUCUGCACUGCAAUGUGUUUUAAUCAGCCGAAGAGCAGAUCAAGCUCAACUCGCCGUUCGAGUUGCCAUUGAAGUAUGGUCUCUUCAACAUUUGUCUCGCAUUUCACCCAUUCUCUUCAUCGAGGAUGGCCAAAAGAUGAAAGCAUUUGAAUGCCUUCAACAACAACGCAAUCUAAGGCGUCAGCAGAUUAUUGAUAAUAUUCAACUUGUGGAGAGGGAACUCUGUAGACUGUCACGAGUCGAAAGGGAACGCAAGGCAUUCCAAAACGCUCUAAUUCUUGGUCAAUUUUCGGAGCGUCGAAGAGAUCUUGUUCACUUACUGUCAGAUCUACAGCGCCAGAAGGACCAACGUGAAUCAGAGCUAUACGAAUUCUUAAAGGGACUGGAGGAACAAAGGGAACGAGAUCAGACAUUCUAUUGGCUAGUUCAAUAUCAACGUCUCAUGGAUAGGACGCCGCUGGAUCUAAGGAAGGUACUUCCUAAUCGUACUAACUGUACUGAACUGUACCUUUUUGUCUCACUAUCUCAUUUUGGCCAGAUCCACCUAGCACUGCUAGGGUACGACCAUAUUUGCAUACCCGUACCGGCUCCAGUAGUCUUGGUACAUAUGGGCACCUUUGAGAAUCGUCUCCACUCUAACUUCAGUCAAACGAAAUCGAUUACGAGCGGUCUCCAUGGCUUCUUUCAUAAGUUUUCGUUCAUAAAAAUUUUCUUUUACAUUACCUCUCAUUCCACUGAUCGAAUCAUGCUAACCUCAGCAAUGCUUCUCAAGUUUUGUCAGAGCCCGUUAUUGGUAUCUUCCGUACUGAGUGGAAAUGAGAACGAGAGCGAAUCAACUCCGAAUGACGCUGGCAAUGACAGAAUGGCGUCGCCCAGUGCUCCGCCCGCAGUAGUAGCCCGCUUUGAGAAUGAAUGCUGCAUAUGCCAGGAUGCCCAGUGUUCAAUCAUAUUUCUCCCAUGUGGUCACGUUUGCUGCUGUAAAUUUUGUUCAGUCAAGGUCGUUCUGUGUCCUCUGUGCCGCAGUACCGUGGAACAGCACAUUCAAAUCUCUUAG